AUGAUAUCACGACCUACAGAUUUGACCUCCCUUCGAUAUUUUCGUCAUGAGCGUAUCUUGAAUGAAGAUCCUCUCACCCAUGCCCUCACACUCCUCGGUACUUUCCCCCAAAACGGCGAAGGAACCGGAGAGCGUGCACCAGCCAUUGUGCGGAUCGAGAAAACACCUCUUCGUGCGGAGCUUGCGAGCGAACUACUGUCGGAUGUGUUGAGCAGCGCACGGCUUAUCGAGAGCACAGAUAUCUACACCUGGCUCUUUGCUUGGCUCUCUGUUUCCCCAGAGAGACCAGAUGUGAAGGUCAACAUCACAUUCCCUGCCACCGAAGUCCAUAUUCGCAAGUACUCAGCACAGGAUGUGCUCAUCGUGCAUGAGACCCCAGAUCAGUACCAGCGGAUAGUGAAGCCUUAUAUCGCUGCGUUUCCCAGCUCGCGCACCAAGUGGGUUGAGGAUAUUCUAGGUGGUCGCUCCGAAGCACAUAAGGUCUUGUAUCGAGAGCAUUCCUCUGACCUUGGAUAUGUUUUGCUUCCGGACAUGAAGUGGGAUCUGACCACUCUAUCCUCCCUUUACCUUGUCGCAAUAUCAGUGUCAAGGGAUAUUCAUAGUCUCAGAGAUUUGAAUAAGCACCAUCUUGAUAUGCUUCGAAGUAUACGGAGAGAAGCAGCGAGAGUGGUGAAAGAACGGUGGGGGCUACGACAAGGCUCGUUGCGGAUGUUUGUUCACUAUCAACCGUCAUACUAUCGCUUUCACGUGCACAUCGUCAAUGCGAACUACCAGGGUUUGGCGGGUAUGACAGUUGGUCAAGCACACCUCCUAGAUGAUGUGAUAUCUCUGCUGGAAUUGGACCCACCCGAUGAACCUUCAAUUUUCCAGCGAAUGACGUUGACAUAUGGGCUUGGUGAUCAACACGGCCUGUACGAGGUUAUGAAAGCUGAGCAAAGCGAUGAUGUACCGUUAUAA